UCCUAUAGCCAGAAGUGUUAGACGAGCAGUUUCACUUCCUCCCACUGCUGUUUAGAUGAAAGAGCUGACCUCCUUGUAGGCCGAUUUUCACUGAAUAAGGCAGAAGAGUUGGACAUACCUUUGACUUCACAUGCUUUAAUUACAAGGAAGAAGUGCUUAUUCUCAACGUGAACUAUGGCACUGUCCAGCUGUCCUCCCACAAGGUUUAUUGAAGCGUCCAGCCUGGAGGACUGGGUGGAGCUUGACUCUGGGGGAUUUGGGCAUGUCUACAAAGCCAGGCAUCGGCGGUGGUGCUCCAAUGUGGCUGUUAAACUGCUACGUUUCCAUGACAGUAAAGCUGUACUGCGAGAGAUCGACAUGAUGUCCAGGGGGCGCAGUCCGCAUGUGAUUCAAGUCCUCGGGGUCUUCAAGGGUCAACUGCCUUUUCGCCCAUCAUCGAUACAGCUUGGUCUGGUCAUGGAGCUAAUGGAUAGAGGAUCACUUGCUUUUCUACAGAAAACCUUACCUGGAUUUCUUCCCUGGCCGUUGGUUUUCAGACUGGCUCACCAAGUGGCUCUGGGUAUAAACUUCCUCCACAGCCUGUCCCCUCCAAUGCUCCACCUUGACUUGAAGCCCAGUAAUGUGCUGCUAGACCCCUCUCUCAAUGCCAAGCUUACAGAUUUUGGCCUUUCCAGGUUUUAUCACAGCAACACACGGCUUUCCUCAAAGGACACUGAGCAGGAAGGAGGGACACUUCCUUAUAUGCCACCGGAGGCGUUUGACGUUUCGUACAAACCUACAUGUGCCUCUGACAUCUACAGUUAUGGCAUACUCCUAUGGUCCAUUGUCACAUGGAAAAAACCAUACGAAAAUGUCACAUCCUCCAUAGUCCGCCUCCUAAUCCCAGAUGGACAACGUCCAUCGCUUGACGAGAUCAGGAGAUUUUCAGGGCUUGCCGGUUUGGAAGGGCUGAUGGCUCUCAUGGAGAAAUGCUGGGAAGGAAAUCACAAACUCAGACCCUCCUCCUAUGAGUGCACAACUGUGACAGAAGACUUGUUUAAAAUGCACAAGCGUGAAAUUGUUGAUGUCGUCCAUCAAGUGCUAAAGAAACUGAGUCAACAGGAGGAAGAAGGAGAAGUAAUAAAGCAGCUUUAUUUCACAGAGGCUUCAGUGAGGUCCAGGGUAAAAGCAAGCCUUUACGAUAGUGUGCCAACUGGACACCCACCUGUACAGGAAAUGGCUGGUGGUUCGAUUUCAAACCAGAGACAUGUGCCUAGAUUCAAAGAUUCACCUUCACGUCAACCAGCUAGUGUGAGUGAGGUUGACACGGGUCGCUCAUUCAUGGACCACAAUAUGAAAAAAUCAUCUGUUUACCCUAUCCUGUCUCCACAACCGUCCCCUACCACUAUGCACCCCACUCACAGAAGAACUAGGAGCUUGUUAUCACAGUACUUUCAUCAGUGUUCAAUCCCCAGCCUGUUCUGCUAUCCCACCCCGCCUCCACCUGAAUUUCACAUCAAGAUGAGCAACGCGACAGGCAUCCAGUAUGGCAGCAACAACACCAUGCACAUCAACACCACAGCUCCUCAAGCCACAGAUCCUCAAGGGAGGAGACGGCACCCGACAGCGCCCUCAAGUGUCAACUCUCUGCCGACAGAACCAAGAAGCAGAUGGGACGGGAUAGGAAGCUGAGUUGCAUUCAGCAAUUUUGGGCUGAAGGAACUUUUUCAUGGUUAUAGGAUUCACCAGAGAGCCCAGGGGUGUGCAUGGACUUUGCAGGGGCUAGAGGCUAAAGACGGGCAGUGGACACCCAACCCACCCACAUGUGCUCUGAAGCUGAAACAUUAGCUUUAAUAAUGACAUUCUUUUUCAAGUUGUUUCCCAGACUCUUUAUCUAAAAAAAGCUCUAAUUUUUGAUGUUUCAUGAAAUGGUUUGAUUACAUAAUAAUUAAGAGUAUUCUAGUCAAAUUAACUGAAUAGCUCUAAGAGGAAGUAAGACACCUUGAGGAAUUUUGAACUGAACUUUUCUUUAUUUUUAAAGGCCAAUACCUUACUUUUGGGAUUUAAAGUCCAUGCGGUCGAGAUACUAGAGAGGAAUUUAUGACCGUCUGGAUGUUCUGCAGUUGGCACUGGUGGGAAGGUGACACAUUCCCUCCUCAAAGGGGCAGUUGUGAGAGGUUUAUAGUCCUAGAGGUUGAAGGUGUGAUAGUGUCCUUGGUUUGAACUGAUUUGGAUAGUGACCCCUAAGUUUGAGAUAGUCUUUUACGCAAACAAAUCCCAGAGGUGUGGCGAAUUUUGGAGUCUGCUAAUGUCCCUUUUGGGUGUAUUUCCUCAAACGUGUCAUAAACCAAGGAAAGGAAUGUUUUCCUCUCUCUCUUAGAAUGUGAAGGAGUUUCAUCAGAAGUUAUACUGGAUCCUCACUACAAUCUCUACUGAAAGCUCCUCACAAAAGCCUUUAAACCCCUGAAACAGCAUAUAAUUGUAGCUUUGAAUGAUGCACUAAACAUAAGCAGAAGUGAAAUCUAAACUCACUGGUUCCAAAAAAUACUCUUACCAUAGCAUCCUCUCUUUUUAUGUGGUACUUUUUCAGGAUUUCAUCACUCAGUGUAGAUCAGCAGUUCUUGAAGAACUUCCUCUCAAGGGGAAUCCCAAUCACAUUCUGAGUUCUCUUAUUUAUUUUUACAGUUCUCUUUGACUGGUUUUAUCAUUUUUACACAACAGUAAGCUUGUGUUCUGUGAUAAAUACUCUUUGGGGUUAGGAUUAGGGUGAGUGUGUGACUGUGUAGCUCCAUUUUGUAAUUUAAAUGUUCUUUUUUUAAUCAUUUUGUAAAUAUUAGCAUGCAGACUUUUAGUAUAGAGUUCUGGUAUUUUUUACAACCUUAAUUUAUUGCCUUUUUUUUUUGUACAUUGAAAACCAAUGAGCCAAACCUCACACCUCUGUUUUGCUGUGUCAGCAGUGUGAAAGUCAGCCAAGUCUGUUCAUAUGGUUUUGCUUUUAUACCGACUGUGGUCAACAAAUAUCCACAGCGGCAGUGCCAGGUCACCAUCAGAUGCCAAAAACUGCCAUAAAACAGAUUGACUAUUAAUCUAAACAGUUUGUUUUGUUGUCUCGUAUGUUUAUGAAUAUUGUUUCUGUUUCUUUCAUAAAUGUAAAGAUGUCAAAAAUGUACAUUUCCUCAAAACAACUCCAGCAAACAAUGAUUUGGCCUAAAUAUUUACUUAAUAGGCUUCUUCUUUUUUUUUUUUUAAGACUGAAUCUUGUUUUUUCUUAAUGCAUUUUGUAUUGUUUGGUAGAUUUUAAUCUUAAGUGUCAGUAUAGCUAUGAUCUCAGGAAAUGCAAGCAGAGAUAUAGACAUCAUUAACUUACACUUAUAUGUCUCAUCUGCAUGUGACAGUCUUGAAUAUAAUGUGAAUAACCUGAUGCACAUUGCAUCUCAAGUUUUGCAGUUGAUGCAACGGUACUGCUGUGAAAAUGUUGGCUUCUUGAAUUCUUUUUGUAGGAGUGAUAUGUAAUGUAAAACAAUGGUUCCAAGCCUGCAGUUGGGGACCUCUUAAAAAUGUAUGUUGAUUUUUUUUACAAGUGUAUCACUUUAAAUUUUGUAUGGGUCACAAUGGGCUCAGCUUUUUUUAGUUAUAAGUAAAGAGCUCCAAGGAAAAAUGUUGGGAACCACUGAUGUAAAAUAUACUACACCACAUUCCACAUUAUUAUGCAAAUGAUAUUUUUCUCUGAUUUUCCUAAAUAUUAAUGC